CACGUGGCUGGCUGUGUCUUUUCCUGGACUGCUUUUCAUAACAGAUUUCCGUUUAAGAGUUAUAAAAACUUCUUUUUUUAAUAUUUUGGAAAAGUGGAUUAUUUUAUGGGUGUGUUUUUGAUUUAAUUUGUAUGUUAAUGGACAACGCAACCGAUAUUUGAAGAUGUAACGUUUCAAAGAAUGAACAAAACUGACUGAUUAAAACAAUCUAAAAAACCCCACCAAUUAAGCAUUUAGUUAAACGGUUCUUAUUUCUAAAAUUUUAAAACAUUUUUGAAAAUAUUGCAAUUAAAUUUAAACAAAUAAUAAUACUGUUUUUACAAUUUAACCUAAUUAUAUUUUCAUAUUAUUUCCUGUAAUGAAGCACGCAACAGAAUUUCGUUUUGGAGUUAUCCUUUUCGUUAUUCCACUCAUUUUCUGUGAAAUAUUUCAUCGAAAACUGAACUAUCGACUGGGCGAUUUGACCGAGGUGGAGUGUCUCAGUGGUAAUAUGUGCCCUGUAAUUCGGACCACCUGUGCAAUGAUGUGUGAGUCGUCUGCCCAGUGUGCUAGUUUCAACUACAGACCAUCUGACGGGGUCUGCCAACUCAACAACCACCACAUGUUCGAGUUUGCUGCUGAGGCGACACCUAGUGACGCAUGGGAAUACUUUGGACCAAAACAACAAGAUGUAAAAGACGAUGACUGGAUCCUUGCGUUUCUGGCCAAAAGUGGAAUAAAAGUCCCCAUCAUGGACGUCUGGAACGCCAACGGCCUGGCACACGACCUUGACCUCGGCAGCCAAGAUCCGGCGCUGUUCUCCAAGUACGUGGCCAACAGCAGCACCCACUACCGCUCCCACUGGCUGGACGUGUGGGGCAGCACGUCUAUUCUGCAGGUGCGGCUGGUGUUGUACAAGAAUGGUAUCGAGGUUGUCAGCCUGUUGUUUGACGGAAAUGGAAGCACAAAAGACGACUGGUUUUCCAAACCUCGACUCAUCUCUUCGCCCUGGAGCGAUCUGACUGGGGUUUCUCCGGCAGUCUUCUCUGUUAGUGGACAGAUAAUGCGCAAGUUUUACAUCAGCACUUCGGCCAGUUAUUUUGACUGCCACGACAACAAAUGGCUCCUCGUGCUCAGCACACAAGCGAACAUGUGUACCUUCGAGAAAUACGAUGGCCCGCAGUUUUUGUACUCAACUGGUACAACCAGCUCAGACUUCGAAAAUGGAGGAUAUGGACUUGCCGAAACAAUGGCUAUAUUCAUAAAGAUUGCCUAAAGAACUUGGAUGCUGAACCUAAAAGCAUCAGACACCCACCCAUGUUAAAGCCAGUUAACCUCUUUGCAUACAGCACGAUGUUAAGUCACCCUGAACAACUGCUAUCAGGAUUUGCUGCCCAGUGGAAAACCCUUAUGUCAAUCCACAUUUAAAUUAAUGUCACCAGAGUCAGACUAUCAUAAUAAUAACUAAAAUCGCUGAAAUGUAGCCAAAUUUUUUAUAUUUUGACCAAUGUGAGGGACCAGGAUAGAUGGUUAAGAUUUUUAACAUCGAGCAGUUAUCCUCUAACCCCUACAAACACAACUUUGCAGUACACUUAUAGUCAUAUUAUACUAUUAAAGAGAGAAGGCGGGGGCUGGGGGGGGGGGGGGG